GUCACGCGUAUGACGAGCAUGUUUUUUUUUAUCGAGCUUCACUUGCCGUCCACUUACGACAAGUGCCAGCAGACAGGAGGGUAGCCCGCCGACCUAAAUCACAAGUAGUGACUUAAACUUAUUUGUUUUUGAGAAGCCCGUUUGCUCGACGUCACAAAAUGACGAGGCGGAGGUGCGCUCAAAGGCCUGUUGGACGUGUUGCUAACGUGAGCUAGCAACCUCAGCUAACCUCUAACCAGCAGGGGGCAACAAAGCAGCACUAGCAGACUGGAGGCGGGCUGUCACUCUCAUGAAACAUGAAAAGGUCUGCAAGAGGUCGCUCGCAGGAAGAAAAUCCUGAAAAUGACCUGCACAAACUAAAACUGCAGUAUCGCCAAGCUGUAAAAGACAAGCAGGCGUUCGAUGACAAAAUCCAAAGCCUCCUCCUGAAAGACAGCAGGGAGAUCCAGAGACUCCAAAAUGAACAUGAGGAACUCUUACACACCCUUACCAUCGCACAGAGUAACUGUAACCAAAAGCAAGAAGUUAAUGCUGCACAAGAUCUCGAAGUACUUUUGUCUAAUGAAGAAAGGAUAGAGGAGGAGUUGCUAAGCAACAAAAGCAGAUUGGUAUCUUACAAAAAGCAGAUUUUAGAAUGGGAGAGGAAGCUUGUAGCACAGAGGGGAGGUUAUGCACCACAUAACACAAAAACCGAAGACAACUCCGCUAAAGAUAUUGUGUCGAAAGAAGACAAGCUCUACAAGGGUCACAUAUGCUUCAAUGAGCUAAUGAUCAGGAACGGACAGUUAAAGAAAGAAAUAGACAUGCUGGAGAUGGAGAAAAAUGAGUUCCUGCAAAUUCAACUUCAGCUGAAAAAGGAACUGCAAGCCAUUCGGAAGGAAAUUUCGGAUUUGAGUGCUAUGUGCACUAAAGCCAACAACGCCAGUGUUGCAAUCCAGGUAAGGCAGAAGAAGCUAAAGGAACAAAAAGCUCAGUUUGAAGCCCAGUACACGCAAACAACAGCCAACUUGGAGCACGAAAUCGCCACGCACUGCAACCUUGAGGCUAUGGUGAACAUAAAGAAUGCCGCUGACGAGAGCUCCAACCGUGACAAAGAGGAUCUGAUGGAACAGCUGCAGAGGUUGACCAUUCAUGAAGACACUAUAAGAAGAAUUCUCUAUGAGACGGGAGAAAGCGACCUGGACUCCCUAGUGCAGAACUACUUGGAACUGGAAGAGGAGAACUAUUCUUUACUGAGCUUUGUCAACUAUCAACACUGGGAUUUGGAGGCCCUUCAGCAGCAGAUUGCUCAACUUAUCAAGGAGGGCGAGCUGUUUAAGGAGGAGCAGUGUCAGCACAGUGUGGACCGCAAAACUUUUCAGGUGGCCAUUUCCACCAAGCAGAAAUCCGUCGAGGAGCAGCUGAAUGACUACCGAAAGCAAAUUCACAUUAAGGAGGAUAUCCAAAAACAUCUAAAAACAGGUGUGCAGUCAUUACUGCGUAUCUGUUGUGACAGAUCUGAGAUCAGCUCGCUGGGCUCCAGCGACCGAGCGCUGGAUGAGCACAUGACGGCGUGCUUAAGGAUGGUGGAGGACAAAGUCAACAGCCUCCUCAAUCUGCAGUCCAUCAUUCUCUUCCAGGAGAACUUAACACAGUGUGACCUCGUUAGUGACGGCUUUGGUUCUAUAGCCGAUCAACUGCGAGGGAAGGGAAAUGCCCCACCAGUCAACUUGUCCACAGGACCUACAACACCAACACCGGAUGAUGACAAGGCCCGCAAAGGCAGUCGUUCAGAAAGCAGGGGAGCCAAAGAGAGGCUAGGUUCUUACAGCAGCCCAUAAUUGGCCUUGCAGUGAUAGAAGACAGGAGGGACCAGAGGACUCAUAUACUGUCUGAGCACCAAAAUUAUUGAGCUGCUCUGUGUUGGCCUGCAUUGGCCAUUCAGACUUGAACAGUGAGGCUGGAUAAUUCCAUGUGGACUGAUGAGAUCCAUCUUUUUUCAGGUUUAGUGCACAUGUUCACUUUUUAAUGGGUCUUCAAAGCUGUUUUUAUGUUUUUUGUUUUUUUUUCCAAACGAGACCCCAGAUGAACUUAUCCUAAAAGUGAUUAUCCAUCACUGGAGUUUGGGCUUUGAGAAAGACUACCAAUCUGUGGAUCUCUAAAUGAAGCCGAGUGUCUAAAGCAUGUGCAAGUGAGGCUUCUACAUUGUAGCCUCAUUUUUAGUAAACAAUGAAAUGAAGGGGAAAAAAGAUGGCUGUUAACAUAAUCGCUCAUCUCAAAGCUAAAAAGGUAUAGCUUUGUAGAACUUUGGACUGUUCUGUUGUCAGCUUACAGGCUCAUUUCAAAAUGAUUUACUAUGCUGUUUUUACACAUUGCUCUUCAUUUUAUAGCCACAGCUAUACUUAUGCACAGCAUCAUUGUGCCAUUCGUUCGUUCCAGAAUGCAAUUCAUUAGAAGACAAAAAAAAAAGCAUGUUUUAAACCAUCCUAAAAGCCUUUUUUUAAAACACAUGACAACUGAUGAUGUUAUGUUGAAGCUGUUGAUAAUGUGACCAACAGGUGGCAAAAGUAGGGGACCUGAUCAUGAACCCUGCAGAACACUCAUAGAAAUGAGCACAAAGGUUAGCGGCUGUAGGAACUGCUGUUAUUUAGAUUUGAUGGAACUAUGCAAAUUUGUACUGUUGCAAACAAAAGCGUUAACAUAUAGAUUAAAGCGCUUGAACAAGUACAAAAAAUCCGACCCUCCAGGUUUUUCAACUUUGUCCAAGCCCCACAACUUCACAGUACAUUUCAUAUCAAUUAAUCAAUCAAUGAUUAUUUAUAUAGCCCUAAAUCAAUAGUGUCUCAAAGGGCUGCACAAACUACAACACAAACUACAACGACAUCCUCGGUAGAGCCCACAUAAGGGCAAGGAAAAUUCACACCCAGUGGGACUCACAUCCAGUGGGACGUCAGUGACAAUGAUGACUGAGAAACCUUGGAGAGGGCCGCAUAUGUGGGCAACCCUCCCAGGGGAACCGAAAGCAAUGGAUGUCGAGCGGGUCUAACAUGAUACUGUGAAAGUUCAAUCCAUAGUGGAUCCAAUAACACAACCGGGAGAGUCCAGUCCAAAGUGGAUCCAACACAGCAGAGAGUCCCGUCCACAGUGGACCCAGCAGGAAACCACCCCAAGCGGAGGCGGAUCAGCAGCGCAGAGAUGUCCCAGCCGAUACACAGGCGAGCGGUCCAUCCUGGGUCCCGGAUCUGGACGAGCGGUCCAUUCUGAGUCCCGGAUCUGGACGAGCGGUCCAUCCAGGGUCCCGAAACAGGACAGCCAGCACCUCAUCCAUGGCCACCGGACCGGACCCCCUUCAGUAGGACAGAGGAGAAAAAGAAAAGAAACGGCAGAUCAACUGGUCUAAAAAGGGAGUCUAUUUAAAGGCUAGAGCAGGGGUAGGGAACCUAUGGCUCUAGAGCCAGAUGUGGCUCUUUUGAUGACUGCAUCUGGCUCUCAGAAAAAUCUUAGCUGACAUUGCUUAACACGAUAAGUAAAGAAUAAUUCUGCUGGUAAUCACAGUGUCAAAAAUAACGUUCAAAAUAUAAAACAUUCUCAUGCAUUUUCAUCCAUCCAUCCGGUUUCUACCGCACCUGUUCAAGAAGUCGCAUUAAUGGUAAGAAGUAUUUUAUUUAUUGUUGGUUAGCCUCAGAAUAACAAUGUUAUUAAAAAUAAUAAGAGACUUAUUUUACUCUAAAAAUGUUUGUCUUUCUUAAAAAUGCACGCAUAUAGUUGUAUUCAGUGUUUAAAAAAAUAAAAAUAAAAAUUAUAUGACUCUCACAAAGAGACUUUUGAAAAUAUUUGGCUUGUAUAGCUCUCUCAGCCAAAAAGGUUCCCGACCCCUGGGUUAGAGUAUACAAAUGAGUUUUAAGGUGAGACUUAAAUGCUUCUACUGAGGUGGCAUCUCGAACUGUUACCGGGAGGGCAUUCCAGAGUACUGGAGCCCGAACGGAAAACGCUCUAUAGCCCGCAGACUUUUUUAGGGCUCUGGGAAUCACUAAUAAGCCGGAGUUCUUUGAACGCAGAUUUCUUGCCGGGACAUAUGGUACAAUACAAUCGGCAAGAUAGGCUGGAGCUAGACCAUGUAGCAUUUUAUACGUAAGUAGUAAAACCUUAAAAUCACAUCUUAAGUGCACAGGAAGCCAGUGCAGGUGAGCCAGUACAGGCGUAAUGUGAUCAAACUUUCUUGUUCUUGUCAAAAGUCUAGCAGCCGCAUUUUGUACCAACUAAUUUUUUAAUGCUAGACAUGGGGAGACCCGAAAAUAAUACGUUACAGUAAUCGAGGCGAGACGUAACAAACGCAUGGAUAAUGAUCUCAGCAUCGUUAGUGGACAAAAUGGGCCGAAUUUUAGCGAUAUGAUGGAGAUGAAAGAAGGCCGUUUUAGUAACGCUUUUAAUGCGUGUCUCAAAGGAGAGAGUUGGGUCGAAGAUAAUACCCAGAUUCUUUACCGAGUCGCCUUGUUUAAUUGUUUGGUUGUCAAAUGUUAAAGUUGUAUUAUUAAAUAGAGGUCGGUGUCUAGCAGGACCGAUAAUCAGCAUUUCCGUUUUUCUGGCGUUGAGUUGCAAAAAGUUAGCGGACAUCCAUUGUUUAAUUUCAUUCAGACACGCCUCCAGCUGACUAAAAUCCGGUGUGUUGGUCAGCUUUAGGGGCAUGUAGAGUUGGGUGUCAUCAGCAUAUGUAUUAUGUGUCCCUGCAUCGCACACCCACGUCCUCACAUCCUUCUUUACAUAGACAGAGAUGUGGACAUCUGACAAUUUCCUCCUCAUGUACCAACUAAAAUCACCGCUACAAAUCGCUCUCAUCGGUUGAUCAAUUCUCCUUACUUUCAAAGCUAACCAUAACCUCUCCUCGUCAUAUCUCUCUGACCUGCUCCAUGUGGCCAUGCCUUCACGUUCCCUAAGAUCUUAUUCAUCCAUCCAUCUCACUGUCCCCUUAUUUAAACUGUCCACCAUGGGUGCCCGAGCUUUCAGACGCUCUGCUCCUCGUCUUCGGAACUAAUUACCACCAGACCUUUGUAACUUAGACUCAAUAUCCCUCUUCAAAUCAAGAUUCAAAACACACCUAUUCCUGACUGCUUAUUUAUUGUAAAUCUUAUCGAUCUUUGUUGUUGUUGUUUUUAUCCAAUUGAUUUUAUUGUUGCCCUGCGAUGUCCAGGGUGUAAACCGCCUUCCGCCCAAUUGUAGCUGAGCUAAGCCCUAGCGCCCCUCGCCACCCCAAAGGGAGUAAGCAGUAGAAAAUGGAUGGAUGGAUGGAUUUUAUUGUUUUGAUUUUGUACGGUGUCCUUGAAUGCCCAGAAAGGCGCCUUAUACGUAAAAUUGAUUAUUAUAAUUGUUAAAUGACAUGCAAUGUGCUGGAAAGUUUACGAUUGACAAUAACUUUUUAACCACAAGAUAUAUCCGUACACAAUAAGGUAGCCUUUGGCGAUCUUUGUUUUGCAAAUUACAGUAUGUGUCACGUGUGUAAAAAGGCCAGCAAUUUAAGAGCUGUAGGUAAAUACACUACGUUUAAAGGGGAACUGCACUUUUUUUGGAAUUUUGCCUAUUGUUCACAAUCAUUAUGAGAGACAAGAACACACAUCUUUUUUUUUUUUUUAGGAUUUUAUUGAUGAUAAAAAAAAACGCUUGGAAGAUGCGGCUAAGACCUGCUCAGUGGCCUUGUGGUUAGAGUGUCCGCCCUGAGACUGGAAAGUUAUGAGUUCAAAGUCAUACUGAGUCAUACCAAAGACUAUAAAAAUGGGACCCAUUGCCUCCCUGAUUGGCACUCAGCAUCAAGGGUUGGAUAUGGGGGUUAAAUCACCAAAAUGAUUCCAGAGUCUGGCCACCGCUGCUGCUCACUGCUCCCCUCGCCUCUCAGGGGGUGAACAUGGGGAUGGGUCAAAUGCAGAGGAUAAUUUCACCACACCUAGCGUGCGUGUGUGUGUGUGUG